UGCGUCCAGCAGAGGGCGCUGGCGGACUCGCUGUUGCUGCCGCUGCUGACGAACAAAAAGCCCUUCCGCUGCUGGGCUCAGUCGCAGACUACACUUUGUACAGCGAGACGGUCAGGAUGGCAGGCAGACGUAUGGCCCUGAAGGCCAUUGACUGGGUGGCGUUUGCUGAGCGGAUUCCACCCAACCAGAAGAGCAUGUUCAAUGCACUAAAGACUCGCAGUGAUACCAUCGCUGCCAAGUUAUCCUCCCUGCCCGAGGCUCCUGCAGCCAUCGACUGGAGUUACUACAGGAGCGCAGUGGCCAAAGCCGGGCUGGUGGAUGAGUUUGAGAAGAAGUUCAAAGCCCUGCAGAUCCCGGAGCCCAUUGACACACAGACGAGUGCCAUCAAUUUACAGUCGGUAGAAGCUGACAAGAGUGCAACAGCCUACAUCGAGGCAUCUAAGGCUCGCGUUGCUGAGUAUCAGAAGGAGUUGGAUAAGUUUAACAACAUGAUCCCGUUCGACCAGAUGACCAUCGAGGACCUCAACGACACCUUCCCCGAAACCAAGUUGGACAAGGUCAAAUACCCGUACUGGCCCCACAAGCCCAUUGCGGAUCUGUAAUCCUAUCACUAGACACUCUCCUCACAAUAAAGAUUAUGUAUUUUAAAAAGAA